AUGAUGUACUUGAAAUUAUUUGUGCCUCUUCACAAGUAUGCAUCUGAAGGCAAUUGGGAAGAAGCUAAGGUCAUAUUAGGUCAAAAUAGAACGCUUCUGAGUGCUGCCAUAGCAGAAGCAUGGUUAACAAUGCUUCAUGUAGCAGCAGGAGCAGGUCAUUUUCCCUUUGUGGAGGAGCUUGUGAACAUGGUGGAAGAGAACCAAAUAGACUUGGAUUUACAAGACUCAAUGGGAAACACUGCCUUCAGCUUGGCUAUUGUUGCAGGAAACUUGGAGAUUGUUCAGUUAAUGUUAGGAAAAAAUUGCUUCUUACCAAAAAUAAGAAGUCGAACAGGCUUCACUCCUAUUCUUUUUGCUGCAUUACAAGGAAGAGCUGAUUUGACAAAGUAUCUAUAUCCUUUCACUGUUGAUGAAAAUUUUGAAGAAGUAGAAUGGAAUAAGUUAUUCCUCACUUGCAUUGACUCUGGUAUUUAUGAUUUGGCAUUGCAAAUGUUGAAAGAAAAAGGAAAACUAGCAUUUGCAAGGGAUGAAGAUGGCAUGACAGGUUUACACAUCAUGGCUCAGACAGCAGAUUUGGGAACUUAUAGGCCAGAACAUCAAAUUCAACUCACAAGUUCAGCACCAGCUAAUCGACUUGAAUUGAUCUCUGGAGCAGCUUUCCAAAUGCAGUUUGAACUAUUAUGGUUUGAGGAGGUGAGGAAGAUAGUGUUGCCCUCAUAUACGAAGAAGAAAAACUCAGAGGACAAAACCCCUGGUGAGUUAUUCACUGAGGAGCAUGCUGCAUUACGUAAAGAUGCUGAAUCAUGGAUGAAAGGAACAGCUAAGUCAUGUAUGCUUGUUUCAACUCUUAUUGCUACCGGUGUGUUUACUGCGGCAUUUAGCACACCAGGUGGUAUUAAGGAUGAUACAGGAGUUCCAAAUUAUUUGGGAAAACGAUCAUUUACGAUAUUUGCAAUAUCAGAUGCCAUUGCAAUGAUCUCCUCUUCGGCUUCCAUACUAAUCUUCUUAUCCAUUCUCAUAUCACGUUAUGCAGAGUAUGACUUUCAUCAUUCUCUACCCUCAAAGCUAAUAUUCGGAUUGAUAAUUCUCCUUCUUCUCUACCGGGGAUCGAACUGGCGACCUGUAAGGCAGCUUCGAACAUCAAAGCUAAACCGCGAGGCCGACAAUCACCGGUUUCGGAUUGAUAAUUCUCUUCAUCUCCAUAACAAGCAUGAUGAUAGCAUUUAG